CAAAGUCGGCACUUCAACUAGCCCUGCCGCCAAGUUCUCUUAUCCCUGGAGCUGACGUCGUCCAGCCCGGCCGCUCUUUUUCUCCCGUCCGCCAGUCUACCUUUUCCUUGUCUGUUCCAAUGACCCCCGAACGUCGUGAUGCUCCCGGCCAGGCGCCGGACAAUGGGACUGCGGCGUCGCGCGCUCGAGACUUCUUCUCCGUCCCUGCGCCGGUGAAGCGCAUCUUCGACCGCUUCCCUCUCGUCACCUACCCGCCUAAUGAUCUCCCGCACAUCCCGUGGUCGGACAAACGAGGCAAUCGCUUGUUUGUCUUUACAGAUGCCGCCGGUGCCAGGCGUGGGAGACCCUCCUUCAACCCGCAGUGUCUCAAAUGGCAGGCAUACCUGAGGUUUGUUGGGAUCGACUUCGACAUUAUUCCUUCGAACAACCAUGCGUCACCCUCCGGUGCCCUUCCCUUCCUUCUCCCCGCUCACCCAGUCGACAAUAACGCCCCGAUCCCUUCUGGCAGGCUGCAGAAAUGGGCGAUUGAGCAAGUGCACUGUGAAGAGGAGCAGCAGCUGGACGUGCGCUUUGAUGUGUAUGCGUCGUUGCUGGAUCACCGGAUACGAAAUGCUUGGCUUUAUGCCCUAUAUCUGGACCCCGAGAACUUCGAUGCGGUUGCUCAACCACUGUAUGUGCACCCUUCGAGCACAAAUUUCGCCGUACGGACCACCCUUUCGGUGCAACUCCAGCAGGCCGCCCGGACAGAGAUCCUGAAAACAGCAUCAUACGUCGAUGUCGGCGCUUUGGAGGCGGAGGCGAGCGACGCAUUCGAGGCGCUAUCCACACUGCUCGGGGACAACACACACUUCUUCGACCGACCCAAUCCCGGCCUAUUCGAUGCCAGCGUCUUCGCAUACACGCACCUCAUCUUGGACGAGGGUCUGGGAUGGAAGCGAAACCGGCUGGGACAAUUGCUGCGACGACAUGAAAACCUUGUACAACACCGUGAGAGGCUACUAAAGUUCUUCUAGACCCUGGGGGCGGAUCCAAAAGAUAUCUUUAAUUUCUGUACAAUAACAACCUACUUUGUCAAUCCCUACCCUAUCCACCUAGAAUCGGAA